ACGUCUCAUACACCAAGUUUUUGAACACAUCCAAACGUCCAACAAUGCCUGACCUCAACCUCUGUAUCAGCACUCCACGCUUGAAUGUUCACUUUUUCGAUCCAUCCAAUGACGCGCACUGCGACUUCGUCCUCGAGCUUCUCGACAGGCCAGACCCGCAAGUGCCAGAUGCGGCUAUGGACCGGGAGGGUGCACGUGCAAUCCUAAAAAACGAUCUGGAAAAGGUGUCAAAGACAGGUUACGGUCGCUAUGCUAUUUCACUCAAGCCCUCCAUCGCCUCCGGUGACCAAAACCUCGAUUGUUCUCACGACGGUGUGCUCGUUGGUCUUGUCUCUAUGCAGCUCAAUCGAUUUCCCGGUGCGCCGAACAUCCCGGAUAUAGGAUUCGGCCUUCUCAACAGAAACUACGGCAAGGGCUAUGCGACGGAAGCAGCGCAGGGUUUACUGAAGUAUUUCGAGGAAGAGAGAGGACAAACUGAGUUUGCAGGGUACUGCCAACUCGAGAAUUUGAAAUCGAAUAAUGUAUUCCGCAGAUUGGGGUUUGAAGAACGAGGAGUUAGGGAAGUAGGUGGAAUAGUCACUGAGACGAAACUCGAGGUAGUUGUGUGGACCAAAAAUCUUGAAAGGCAAUUGGAUGAGUACGGAUUUUGAGGGGGUCGAGAGCGCGUCAGAAAGUAUGCUUGUCAAGACGAGUUCUAAUAGAGAAAUUGAUUUAUUACCAGCUCGAUCCAAUCAAACAUGUGUCUGUGUUGCUGUCGGCUCUGCACGCCAAUAUGCAAAUACUUCUACUG